AUGUCUUCGAAAAAGAACUCUCGACGGAGUACGCAGAGCCACCGUUCCACGCUCUCGUUGCAGAAGACUGAGAUAAUGAUCAAUGUCUAUGAUUUACUCCCUCCAGGUAGACUUGCAUCAAUGCUCUGGACUGUCGGCGCAUCACUCUUGCACUCUGGCGUUGUCAUAAAUGGAAAAGAAUACGCUUACGGUGGUCAUGACAAGCGGAAUAUGACAGGCGUAUAUUGGACGAAACCCAAAGCCGAACCACCUGGAGGGACAUUCAAGAUGGAAAUACUUCAGGGCUUCACCAUAUACCCACAGGCAGAGAUUGAAGCCAUUAUCAAGGAAGCUUCAGAAGUAUUCCAAGGCACAUCUUACAACCUACUGACACGAAAUUGUAACCACUUCACGGCGUAUCUUUGCGAAAAGCUCACUGGAAGGCCUGGUCCAUCUUGGCUAAAUCGUGCUGCUAGUAUUGGAGUUGCGCUGCCGUGUGUCGUUCCUAAGGAAUGGAUCGCGCCUCCAGAUUUCGAUACAGCCGAUGGAGAAUUGUUGGAUGAUGAGGGUCACAACGAUUCGCACGAACGCUCUCGGAUGCUAGGAGACACAGAUACCAGCCAUGCGAGGUACAGCUUUGACGAUGGACGGCCAGACCUAACGGAUGAUGAUGAAUGGGACAGCGAAGAAGAAAGGCGGAAUGGUGGGAAUGGCAAAGGAAAAGGCAAAGCCCCAGUCCGAGAUACAUCUGGAAGGGUUGUGCCUCCAGCCGACAGAGCUCCUACGGCCAAAAAGGGGUGUGACUGCCCGCCAUAA